AGCUUGGAAGAGAGGUAUUUCCUGUCUGCACAGUCAGCUCAGACCCGCCUUCCCAGGUCUAGAAGGAGGCCAGUAUUGGGGAAGCCCAGAAUGGUGGCUGGCACCAGGGUGCUCCAGGAAUGGGUGCUGGGGAGGGUCCAGUGAAGCAGCAAACCAAACCUAGAGGAGAGGACUGGCUGUGGAAAGCAAGCCUUCAGGGGUCAGAACCCUGCUCCCCAGGCCAUUUGCCCCCUACUCCCUACCCAAGUUGCCUAUUCCCACCCAGACAGGGACCAGCUAAGGGGACUCUCUUGGCUUUGCUCAUUCACUCCAUUUCUAACCUCGAUGCCAGCUGGCCCUUGUUUUAUUUACACUGUCACCCUCCACAGCAAGGGUGCUAAUGUGGAGCUUCCCAGGGGCUGCUGGAGGAAGGCACUGAUCCCAGGAACCAGGGGCUUUGACUGGGAAGUUCUGCAGGAAGACCCAGGUAAAUAUUUUACCCCAGCCCUGAGCUGGGAGUCAGGGUCAUUCCAGGACAAACUUAGUGUGAAGUCCCAGGACUGACUUGGCAAGGUUGGGAGAAACUGAGCAGGGCCUUGGCCAAGCUUGGAAGAAAGAGAAACCUCACCAGCUGCCACCAUUAUCCAUUAUCCUUACCUUGGAAGUCCCAUUCCCUUCCUACCCAAGGUCUUUGGGGUAGGUCCAUCUCCACUUUGUUCUGUUAACUCUCUCUCCCCUCACCCUCCCACCCCAUAAGGCAAAAACACAGGCUUUGAGUCCAGGGUUUCUCAACCUCAGCACUAUUGACAUUUUGGGCUAGGUAAUUUCUUGCUGUGGGGGCUUCAUUUGUAGCUUACUUAGCAUCCCUGGCCCACUAGAUGUAGCACACUUAGCAGCAUCCCCGGCCCAGCCUCCCACCCCUACCCUGCAGUUAUGGCAACCACAAGUGUCUCUGGACAUUAAGAGAUGUCCCCUGGUGACCAAAAUCUCCGCUAGCUGAGAAUUGCUGAGUUAGACAAACUUGGAUUCAAAUUCCAGCCCUUACCAGCUGUGAACUUGAUGAAGGUACUCAAUAUCUCUGCACCUCAAUUUCCUCAUCUACAAAAGAGUGAAUAAUAAAUUGUAGGGAUUAAAAAAAGGAUUAUAUUUGAAGACACCUAGCACAGUAUCUGGCCCACAGUUGGUGCACUAAAUGUUAGCUUCCUGCCCUUUUCUCCCUGCCAGAUCAGCAAGAACUAACCCCGCUCAGCAUGGGCUGACUGCCUGGGCAGCUGCAGCUUCCCUCCCUGCCUACCCAAGCCAUGACCUCCAGGAAACUCAAUAUUGAAGUUGGCAGAAGGGAGUGGCUAAUUUGGUCCCAGAUUCCCCAAAGCCCAAGGGUGCUUGGGUUGGGAUUCCAGGGAAAUGUGGGAAUUGAGCUGUUAUAGAUCAUUACAUCAGGAUGUGGCCUGCAGAUGGCCUGCAUUAGAAUGAACUGGGGUGCUUGUUAACAAUUCAGAUUCCUGGGUCUCACCCCAGACUACUGAAUCAGAAGUACAUCAUCAAGUUUGAGAACCACUGUUUUAGGCCUCGGAUUGGGGAAGGUGUCAGUGCCCCAGCAAUCUUAGUGCACUGGUGCCCAGCAUUGUAAGGCCAUCCUAUUCAAGGGAAGAAAAGAAUCCUUAAGUUAAGGUUAGUUACACUCAAGGUCAUUAUUGUAUUGCCGGCGAAACCACUAGAGGGCAGAGCAGACACCGACUUGCAGGAAGGAAAAGUAGGGCCUGCUCAGUCUAGGUAAACAGACCAGAGCAAAGACCAGGUGGACCCAAUUUUAUUGGUCCUCAGUAGCAGGCACUACCUAUUAUCAAAACCUGUUCUCUGCCUUCAGGUACUCAGACCAAAGUUGGGGAUGGAGAUUGUCAGGGAACCCCUAACUUCUCAAGUGAAAAAAUAAUACUGUAUGACCAAGGAGUACAGUAAACAUUGGUUUUAGAACGACAUAGUCUUGGUUUCAAUCUUGGCUCUACCGCUUCUUACCUGUGUGACUUUGGGCAAGUUACCUAAGGUAGUUGGCUUCCUCACCCUAAAUGGUUAUAAAAAUAUCUUCUUAAAAGGGUUGUGGUGAGGUGAGGAUUAAACAAAACAAGAUAUGCAAAGUGCUUAGCAGGGUGCCUGGCUCCUAAUCAGUGCUCCCUGAAUGAUGGUUGUUAAGUUAUUACUGCCCAAGGCCAUGUGACCAAGCACAUCAGGGCUCCUGCUGCUUCAAGAAAGAGGACACAGAUGGAAUGAGAUCACAGCUGAGCCGUUUGUUUCCUCUGUAAUUAGGACUUUAGUUUUUCUUAAGUGUUUUUAUGGAUCCCCCAAACCUCUACACCAAACUCCUCCAUGAGGCAAAAUCUCCUUCUAGGAGAGACUCAGAAAAACAGCCAGUGGUCCGUUCUGCAAAUGAGUCAGAACUGAGACCCCUAGAAGACAUGUAGUUUUGGUGCCAGCCCUCUGGUUUCUGCUCCCUGCCCUGUGCUGCAUCCUCCCUCCCUCCCCCGCAGCCAAGGUAGCAACUGCAAGGCUCUGACCACAGCAGCAGGCUCUGACAGCUCGGGCAGAUCUUCAGCGGGAAGUCUUGGGGGAACAUUUCCUGCCAAGAACUACAAACAUCUGGGCCUGGGACACUUCUCUCCCUCUCAGAUCGCCCAGAAUUUGAAAGAAAGAGAGAGAAAGCCCCAAGAAGACUGGGGCGGAGCGGGGAGGCGUGGAGGGAGGACUCCAGGGCAGAAAGUUUGUGCACCAGCUUCUAAGUUUCCAUUCCACCACUCGGACAAGUCUCUUUGGUGGCUCUUGGUUAUCGCUUUGUAAAAUAUAAACAAUAUUGUCUUUUCUACUUCAGGGGUUGUAAAGACCAGAUGGAAUAUUAUUGAUGAAAUGUGUUGGAAAACUAAAAGCUCCUUCACUUGGUAGGCAGCAUGGAGGCGCUGAAGGGACUUAAAGUCAAAAGCCCCAGCUCUGCCUGCGGUUUCUUAUCUGUAAAACCAGAGGGGCCGGUGGGAUCAGCCCGCUAAGGCUGGAAUCUCCGGUAAAAUCCUCCUUAAAUCCGCGUUCUGGUGCGUGCAGGAGGAAACAGGGAAGGGAGGGAAAAAAUCUCAUGGGCAGUUCAGCAUUCCUCUCCCCAGCACCCGGAGGGAAGGAAGCCGCCACCUAACCGGAGCAGAGCACGGGGAAGGAGGGCACCGAGGCCUGCCAGGCGGUGGCGCCGGCGGGAGGCGCGGUCCGGCCGGCCCAUUUGAGCCACGUGCGGUUGUUUCCGUGCCGGGGCGAUCACGUGAGCCGCGUCAGCUGACCGGUCACGGCAGAGCCCGACUCAGGCGCCCGGCAGCACCUGCCCGGCUGUGCCCCGAGCGCAGGACCCUGCAGAGGGGUAAGAGCGUCCCCGGCCUCCCCUCCUCUGUCCCCGGCCCACCCCCGCCGCCUCGGCCUCAGCCCCGAUCCCUCGCCUAUCCCUACCCUCCCGGCCUGGCACCCCGGAAGCCGUCGCGGGCAGGGCCGUGGCGGGGCUCAGCCCCGCGCUGCCCCCAGGCGGCCGGGAGGGGAUGGCCCUGGGGAGCAAGGGGCGGGAAGUCGCUCUUACCCACGGGGCCGACGGCUGGUCCCUGCCCCCAAGCCCCGACAUGGAGGAGCUGCUCCAGAGCGUGGAGAGGGACCUGAACAUCGAUGCCCGGCAGCUGGCGCCGGCCCCGGGGGGCACCCACGUGGUGGCCCUAGUGCCCGCGCGCUGGCUGGGCAGCCUCCGAGAGCGCCGGCUGCCCGCCGGACCCUGCCCCAGGGCAGAGGGCCUGAGCGAGGCGGAAGUGAGGACUCUUCUGCAACGCUCCGUGCAGAAGCUGCCCCCCGGCUGGACGCGCGUGGAGGUGCACGGGCUGCGGAAACGGAGGCUCUCCUACCCCCUGGGCGGCGGCUUGCCCUCUGAGGAAGGGUCCAGCAGCCCCGAGACCCUCACUCGCUUCAUGCAGGAUGUGGCUGCCCAGAAUUAUCGCAACCUGUGGCGCCAUGCUUAUCGUACUUACGGGCAGCCCUAUAGUCAUAACCCUGCCCCUUCAGCUGUCCCUGCGCUGGACUUAGUGCGACAGGCUCUGCAGAGGGUCUAUGGUUGUUCCUUCCUUUUGGUGGGUGAAUUUACCCAAUGCCCAUCAUCCGCAAGAGAUGGUCCCUGUCCCCCUCGGGGCAGCCUGUCCUGUCCCAGUCUUUUGCGAGCUGAAGCCCUGCUGGAGUCCCCAGAGAUGCUGUAUGUGGUGCACCCGGACGUGCAGUUCUCCCUGCAUGAUGUGGUCACCUUCAGCCCUGCCAAGCUGACCAACAGCCAAGCCAAGGUGCUCUUCAUUCUCUUCCGUGUGCUGAGGGCUAUGGAUGCCUGUCACCGCCAGGGACUGGCCUGCGGGGCCCUAACUUUGCACCACAUCGCUGUAGACGAGAAGCUUUGCAGUGAGCUCCGGCUGGACCUGAGUGCUUACGAGAGGCCCCAGGAGGAUGAGAAUGAGGAGAUCCCUGUAGCAAGGAAUGGGGCAGGCAUUGGACCUGGAGAGGAGGGAGGUAGGCGACCUGGGUGUCCCACCUGCCAGGAGGAACUUCGGGGCCUUGUGCUAGACUGGGUCCAUGGCCGCAUCAGCAACUUCCACUACCUCAUGCAGCUAAAUCGGUUGGCAGGUCGGCGGCAGGGCGAUCCCAACUACCACCCGGUGCUGCCCUGGGUCGUGGACUUUACCACACCCCAUGGGCGCUUUCGAGACCUACGCAAGUCCAAGUUCCGGCUCAAUAAGGGGGAUAAGCAGCUGGACUUCACAUAUGAGAUGACACGGCAGGCGUUUGUAGCAGGUGGUGUGGGUGGUGGGGACCCACCUCAUGUUCCUCACCACAUCUCUGAUGUGCUCUCCGACAUCACGUAUUACGUGUACAAAGCUCGGCGGACACCCCGCUCAGUGCUCUGUGGACAUGUGCGGGCACAAUGGGAGCCCCAUGAGUAUCCUGCCAGCAUGGAGCGUAUGCAGAACUGGACCCCUGACGAGUGCAUUCCUGAGUUCUACACCGAUCCCUCCAUCUUCUCCUCCAUCCACCCUGACAUGCCUGACCUGGAUGUGCCAGCCUGGUGUGGCUCCAGCCAGGAGUUCGUGUCCGCCCACCGGGCGUUGUUGGAGAGCCGAGAAGUGUCCCAGGACCUGCACCAUUGGAUUGACCUCACAUUUGGCUACAAACUCCAGGGCAAGGAGGCUGUGAAAGAGAAGAAUGUGUGUCUGCACCUGGUGGAUGGCCACACGCACCUGACCAGCUAUGGCGUGGUGCAGCUUUUCGAUCAGCCGCACCCCCAACGCCUGGCUGGGGCUCCUGCCCUUGCCCCCGAGCCCCCACUCAUCCCCAGAGUGUUGUUCCAGACCAUCCAGGAGAGCAUAGGCCGGGAGGACUUACCUGGACAGCUUACAAAUGGGGUGGGCAGGUUGGUUUUGGAGGCCACUGCCUGUGAGGGUGGCUGGGCCAGAGACAGGCCGGUGGCAGGGGAAGAUGACUUGGAACAGGCCACAGAAGCUCUGGAUUCCAUCUCCCUCGUGGGAAAAGCAGGUGAGCAGCUAGGCUCCUCCUCCUCUGCCUCCAGUCAAGCCCCCCCAGGCCUCCUGUCUUUCUCAGUGGCCUCGGCCUCUCGACCAGGCCGCCGGAGCAAACCUGCCGGGGCAGACCCUGGGGAAGGUGAGGAGGGAAAGAUUCUUCUUCCCGAGGGCUUCAAUCCUGUGCAGGCUCUGGAAGGGCUAGAGAAACUCGGCAACUUCCUGACCAAAGGCCUAGGGAGCCAGUUGGAGGUGCUUGAGCAGCCCCAAGUCCAGCCACCCGUGCAGCUGCAGGAACUCUUCCAUCGGGACAUGCAGGCCCUGGGGGUUCUGUUGGCCGAGAUGGUGUUCGCCACCAGGGUCCGAACACUGCAGCCCGAUGCACCUUUGUGGGUACGCUUUGAGGUUGUUCGGGGGCUCUGCCUACGCCACCCCAAGGAGGUCCCCGUGUCUCUGCAGCCCAUGCUGGACAUACUCCUGCAGCUGAGUGGACCUGAAGGCCCUGUGGUAGCAGGGAGGGGCAAGCUGGCCCCACUGUUUGAGUACAGGCCCGUCUCCCAGGGAUUGCCCCCUCCCUGCCCGGCCCAGCUCCUCAGCCCCUUCAGCUCUGUGGUUCCCUUCCCCCCGUUCUUCCCGGCACUACACAAAUUCAUCCUCCUGUAUCAGGCAAGACGUGUGGAGGACGAGGCCCAGGGGCGGGAGCUCGUGUUUGCUCUGUGGCAGCAACUGGGUGCAGUGCUGAGUGACAUCACCCCGGAGGGCUUGGAGAUCCUGCUGCCCUUCGUGCUGUCACUCAUGUCUGAGGAGCACACGGCCGUGUACACAGCCUGGUACCUGUUUGAACCUGUUGCUAAGGCACUGGGCCCCAAAAAUGCUAAUAAGUACCUCCUGAAGCCUCUCAUCGGUGCUUACGAGAGCCCGUGCCGGCUACACGGCCGCUUCUACCUGUACACGGACUGCUUCGUGGCCCAGCUGAUGGUGCGCCUGGGCCUGCAGGCCUUUCUCAGCCACCUGCUGCCCCACGUCCUGCAGGUGCUGGCUGGUGUGGAGGCCUCCCAGGAAGAAAGCAAGGGCCUGGUGGGGGCCGCUGAGGAUGAGGACGGUGAGCUCGCAGGGGCCAGGCCCAGCUCCUGUGCUUUCAGGGAGGAGAUUCCGAUGGAUGGUGAGCCUGCAGCCUCCUCGGGCCUGGGGCUCCCAGACUACACGUCUGGCGUCAGCUUCCACGACCAGGCCUACCUCCCUGAGACCGAGGACUUCCAAGCGGGGCUGUAUGUGGCCGAGUCCCCACAGCCCCAGGAGGCUGAGGCCGUGAGCCUGGGUCGGUUGAGUGACAAGAGCAGCACCAGCGAGACCUCCCUGGGCGAGGAGCGGGCUGCAGAGGAGGGCGGCGCUCCUGUGGACAAGAGCAGCCUCAGGUCAGGAGACAGCAGCCAGGACUUGAAGCAAAGCGAGGGCUCAGAGGAGGAAGAGGAGGAGGGGGAGGAGGAGGGCUGUGUGGUGUUGGAGGAGGAGGAGGGGGACGGGGAGCAAGACGAGAUCACCAGGGCAUCCGAGCUCGCUCUCCCCGACACCGUGCUGUCCAUGGAUACGGUCGUGGCCCGCGGCGGCGAGACAGGUGGGGAGGAGGACACGGAGCCGCUAACGGAGCAGUCGGAGGGUAAAGAACAGAAGAUCCUCCUUGAUACAGCCUGUAAGAUGGUCCGCUGGCUGUCUGCCAAGCUUGGCCCCACGGUGGCCUCUCGCUACGUGGCCCGGAACCUGCUCCGCUUGCUGACAUCUUGUUAUGUUGGGCCCACUCGGCAGCAGUUCACCGUGAGCAGCGGUGAGAGCCCCCCACUGAGUGCCGGCAGCAUCUACCAGAAGAGACCGGUCCUGGGGGACAUAGUGUCAGGGCCCGUGCUCAGCUGUCUUCUGCACAUCGCUCACCUGUAUGGGGAGCCUGUCCUCACCUACCAGUACCUGCCUUAUAUCAGCUACCUGGUGGCCCCGGGUAGCACCUCAGGCCCCAGUCGACUGAACAGCCGUAAGGAGGCAGGGCUGCUGGCGGCGGUGACCCUGACCCAGAAGAUCAUCGUGUACCUCUCGGACACCACCCUCAUGGACAUCCUGCCGCGCAUCAGCCACGAGGUCUUGCUGCCUGUGCUCAGCUUCCUCACUUCCCUCGUCACUGGGUUCCCAAGUGGGGCCCAGGCCCGGACUGUCCUGUGCGUGAAAACCAUCAGCCUCAUCGGCCUCAUAUGCCUGCGCAUUGGACAGGAGAUGGUCCAGCAGCACCUGAGUGAGCCCGUGGCCACCUUCUUUCAAGUUUUCUCUCAGCUGCACGAGCUUCGGCACCAGGAUCUGAAGCUGGACCCCACGGGCCGCAGCGAGGGCCAGCUGCCAGAGGUGGCCUUCUCCGAUGGGCAGCAGCGGCCGGUGGACCCCACCCUGCUGGACGAGCUGCAGAAGGUGUUCACCUUGGAGAUGGCGUACACAAUCUACGUGCCCUUCUCCUGCCUGUUGGGUGACAUCAUCCGGAAAAUCAUCCCCAACCACGAGCUGGUCGGGGAGCUGGCGGGGCUGUAUUUGGAGAGCGUCAGUCCAAGCAGUCGCAGCCCUGCCAGCGUGGAGCCCACCGUGCCCAGCACCGGCCCCGAGUGGGACCCCCAGAGUGGGGGCUGCCCCCGGGACGACGGCCACUCGGGGACCUUUGGGAGCGUCCUGGUCGGGAACCGCAUCCAGAUUCCUGACGACUCUCAGCCCGAGAGCCCCGGCUUGCUGGGCCCCAUCCCGGGGGUGGGCAGCGGGGGACUCAGCAGCGAGGAGGACAACGCGCUGAAGCGGGAGCUGCCCCGCAGUGCCCACGGGCUGAGCGGGAACUGGCUGGCAUACUGGCAGUACGAGAUUGGCGUGAGCCAGCAGGACGCCCACUUUCACUUCCAUCAGAUCCGCCUGCAGAGCUUCCCGGGCCACUCGGGGGCCGUCAAGUGCGUGGCGCCCCUGAGCAGUGAGGACUUCUUCCUGAGUGGCAGCAAGGACCGCACGGUGCGCCUCUGGCCCCUCUACAACUCCGGGGACGGCACCGGUGAGACGGCCCCACGCCUUGUCUACGCCCAGCACCGCAAGAGCGUCUUCUUUGUGGGCCAGCUUGAGGCCCCCCAGUACGUGGUGAGCUGUGACGGGGCUGUGCACGUCUGGGACCCCUUCACAGGGAAGACCCUUCGCGUGAUGGAGCCAUGGGACAGCCGGGUGCCCCUGACAGCUGUGGCCGUCAUGCCCGCCCCCCAUACCAGCAUCACCAUGGCCAGCUCUGACUCGACCCUGCGCUUUGUGGACUGCAGGAAGCCUGGCCUGCAGCAUGAGUUCCGCCUCGGCGGCGGGCUGAACCCUGGGCUUGUUCGCUCCCUGGCCGUCAGCCCCAGUGGCCGUAGCGUGGUGGCCGGCUUCUCCUCGGGCUUCAUGGUGCUCCUGGACACCCGUACUGGCCUGGUUCUGCGUGGCUGGCCGGCCCAUGAGGGGGACAUCCUGCAGAUCAAGGCCGUGGAGGGCAGUGUCCUGGUCAGCUCCUCCUCUGACCACUCCUUGACCGUGUGGAAGGAACUGGAACAGAAGCCCACGCACCACUACAAGUCAGCGUCUGACCCCAUCCACACCUUCGACCUGUACGGCAGCGAAGUGGUCACCGGCACAGUGGCCAACAAGAUCGGCGUCUGUUCCCUCCUUGAGCCACCCUCCCAGGCCACCACAAAGCUCAGCUCUGAGAACUUCCGAGGCACACUUACUAGCCUGGCCUUGCUGCCCACCAAACGCCACCUCUUGCUGGGCUCGGACAACGGGGUCGUCCGCCUCCUGGCGUAGGCUGAGGUGGGGCUGGCCAGUGACAUCCCCCAGGAGUCCAUCCCUCACCCGUGUUGCCCAGCAGCUCCCUCCGGGCAAGCUUCAGGCCCCACACCCCAAGUGCCCACGUGGCCUGACAGCUACGGUGAGGCAGGGGCCAGGUUCCUGAACAGCCAGAGCCACCAGUGCUGCCAGAAAGGACCUCCUUCACGGCUCGGGGGAGGCGCUGCCCCUAGUCGGCGGGAAGCAAGAGAGAGAGCUUGGGAAAGCAUCGCCCUCUCUUCUCCCUAGCUCUGCCCUCUGGGUCCACAUGGGGAUAGGGAAGCUCUGAGAAGAUGAAGGGAGACUGGCCCUGUCCAGCCAGUCUCCAGCCAAGGAUGCCCCGCACCUUGCUGAGCUCUCUGUACCCGUCUCACAAGGACAGGGCAGCUGCUGCAGUCCAGAACACUGAUGGUGCUUGGACUCCAGCCUCUAAUGAUGGCUGUCCGUGGUCCAGGAGUUCAGGGCCUUGGGCUGGGGUUUAAGUGUCCACCCAGCCAGGCCCUGUCCAGUGUGGGCCCAGUAGGGGAAGAAAGAGGGCAAGACCAGGGGAGGGAAGAGGGACUGGGCCAGCUGGCGCUUGCCAGGAGUGACCCCAUGCCUUGCCUGCCCACCCCUCACCACAGUGUUUGUGCCUUGACCUGAGGAGGCAGCCCCUGGGCCCCAAACCCUUGUGGUCCAACACCCUGAGAGGGGGCGAGAAUGAUCUCUGCAUCUCAGGUCUCUCCCAGGGGCCGGGAAGGCCCAGGCAUCCCGGAACCCUCACAUUCUGGAGCAGAGAUGAGGUCUGAGCCUGCACCCCUGCUGCCUCCUCAUUUGCAAUAGAUGUAAAUAGGACCAAUAAAUCCUUUGGAAGAGCCGUGGAA